AUGGAAAAGGCUAUUGAAGCUGUAAAGAAAAAUGAAAUGGGCUGGCUAUUGGAUUCUAAAGCGUUUAACGUCCCACAAUCGACUCUUAGAAGACAUGCACUGAAACAAAAUAAAGUCUUAGCUACAAUUACAAGAGGCAAAGAAUGGUUGGCUGGAUUUCGACGCAGACACCCGGACAUAUCCUUGAGGAAACCUGAAGCGACUUCAGCUGCAAGAGCCCAAGCCUUCAACAAGCCCCAAGUAGCACUGUUUUUCAACACUUACCAAGACAUUAUUCAGAGCAACAACAUUUCUCCUCAUAAGCUCUACAACGUCGAUGAGUCAGCAUUAUCAACAGUCCAGAGACCCCAAAAGGUCUUUGCUACUACUGGGCGUAAGCAGGUUGGGGCUUUGACUAGUGCUGAAAAGGGGUCUCAUCUGACAAUUGUUUGUUGCAUGAGUGCAAAUGGCCAUUUUAUCCCGCCGUGUUUAAUUUAUCCUAGAAAAAAUAUGAAACAGGAGUUGAUAGACGAAGCUCCUAGCGGUACUAUGGGUAUUGCGCAGGAAUCAGGUUGGAUGACAACAGCUGUAUUUUUUAAAUGGUUGGUGCACUUUCAGUUGCAUGUAAAAGCGAGUCUUGAUGACAAAGUGCUUUUAAUAGUUGAUAGACAUAUCAGUCAUAAAGGUAUUGAAAGGUAA